UCCAUCAGGAAUUUCCACACAUCCUCUCUCUCUCUCUCUCUCUCUAGGGAGGCAGACUUCUCCAAAUAACACAUUUGGGCAUAUAUAAAUGAUGAAGCUCACGAACCACAAGUACAAUAAUUAAAUCAGAAAGCAUAUGAAUACGACGGACGUACGGUACUUGCUAUUGUUUUAAAUCCCAAAAUGCCUUUCCAGCUCCGCUCUAGCACAAAACCAAUCUUUUUGUUCAUCCCAAUACUACUCAUAUCAUCCCUUGUUAUUCUCUCUCAAGUCUCUGUCGUUGAAGGUGGUAGUACAGAACACAAGACACAGAAAUUGAUAAUUGGAGUUCCGGGUAAUGCCUCUUUCAAAAACUUUGUGAAGAUAACCUCGAGUUCUCAGAAUCCAAAUGAGAAGAAUUACACUGGUUUUUGCGUUCGAGUUUUCGAAGAGGUUUGGAAGAGAUUGGGUUAUCCUGUAACUAACUAUGAAUUUGUGGAGUUUAACGGAGCAUAUGAUGAUCUAGUCGCUAAUGUCGCUAACAAGACUUAUAGCGCUGCCGUAGGCGACAUAACGAUAUUAGCCGAACGUUGGAAGGACGUGGAAUUCACCGAGCCAUUUACGGAAUCGGGCUUGUCGAUGGUAGUUCCGGUGAAGCCCAGUCAGAAGGCAUGGAUGUUUCUGGAGCCUUUCACUCUGGGUAUGUGGUUGGCUGCCGCCUCUGUUUUGGUCUACACCAUGUUCAUAGUUUGGUUCGUGGAACAUCGGUCCAAUCCAGAUUUCAGUGGCCCGUGGAAUGACCAACUCGGAAAUGCUCUCUGGUUCACCUUCUCUUCACUUUUCCUGGCUCACAGAGAGAAGAUUCAAAGCAACUAUGCCCGGAUUGUGGUAGUGGUGUGGCUUUUUCUAGCGUUGGUGUUAACGCAAAGCUACACCGCCAACCUCACGUCAAUGCUCACGAUCUCACGACUCCGACCGAAACUACUGUCCCAUUCAAAUGUCGGGUGUGAUGAAAGUUCAUUCAUGAAGAAAUACGUUGAAGGAGUGCUUAACUACAAGAAUGUAAGUCUCAUCAGGGACGAAGAUGCGUAUCUCAGGGCAUUUGAGACGGGCAGUAUCUCAGCAGCGUUCCUCGAGAUCCCUUAUGCCAAAGAUUUUGUCAAUAGAAAUUGCAGGAAAUUUAGCAUCGUUGGAACCACAUAUAGAUUUGGAGGAUUUGGCUUUAUAUUCCAAAAAGGUUGUGGAUUAGCUGCUGAUGUCUCGAAAGCCAUUCUCGAACUCUCAGAGAACGGGACUCUUAAAAUGCUAGAAGAGGAAUGGUUAACUCCCGACAAAGAGUGUUUAAAAUCUGAAACUACGACGGAGAACAUUGAUAGCUUGAGCCUCCAAAACUUUUGGGGCCUAUUCCUCUUCUCAGCUGCCACUUCCUCUAUUUGUUUUCUUCUAUUCCUUGGGCACUUAGUCAGGGACUACCUCCGUCAUCAGUCAUCUCAAGUGGCUGACGUGAAUGCAAGUAAUGAGAGCGUUUCGAUCAAGACGGUUAGAGUUGCACGGUACUUGAUGAAUGCAGAGAUUGGAAGCCCAUGGAGAUCUCCAUCCUCCAAUCGGGCAGUGCUUGAAAUUGACAUGUGCUAAAUAUUUGGAUUUUGUCUGGUGGAGACUCUAACUUGCACUCCGUCUAUUCCAAUUUUUUAGUCUUUUUCAGAAGUUUGUGUCACUUUUCAAUUAAUCAUAUCUUGUAAUCUAUUUUUAAGUGAUUUUGAAAAGUUUGUUUAAUAGUACUA